GGCGGCACUGCAUACGAGAAGCGUGAGAUCCGCGGUGAGCAAGAUUCGCGGGCUUUUCUGUCUCGGCACUGACCCCGGCCUUGGACGACGACGCGCUGGCUUGCAAGAUCGAUCUGACAGGCGUCUACGCCGUCGAGAGCAUUCACAGUCCUCUUGAUGGAUUGAACGCAAGACUGCUCGGCCAUUGAGACUGCAAAUUCGAGCACGAUCGGCUCUGUUAAAAGUGUUGUCGUCAUCUCCAGUGAGGGACGCUGGCCAAGCAAGCGCGAUGAUGAAGAAGGCCGGUCUACUGUGCAAUGCGCUGUAGACGAUCAGGCGGGACUCGCUCUAAGCUGUAGGUUCGCAAAUGGCGGGGGCACCUGCACCUCCUCCUCCACGACGACGAUCUCGAGCGUGCAUUAAUCAAUCUACGCGCUACUUUGCACCCGUGCCCGCGAAUCUAUCGACGUCCUCACGCUCAGCUUGACCGUCGCAUGCGCCAGCGAUGAGUCAAUUUGUUCCGCGAGAUGCAAUCUCCAUCUCGACCCGAGGAUCCGAGAAGCAAGGACUGGCAUCCGCUCGUGUCCAGUACGAGCUAGGCACUCUCAGUGAACGCUACCAGAAGCUCAACGAAGAUCGCAAGCGGAUUCUGCGCGAAGUCGGCGAGAAAGACUUGGAAAACUUGCGACUCAAGGAGCAGCUCGCUCGUAUCAGAGCACAAGUAGGCGCAGACAAGGUACUCGAAUCAGUGCGCAAGAUCGUCACGCGCACUGUCCUGGAUGAAUUCCACGCGCCUGCUGAGUCGGCUCAGCACUCGCCGUCGCCUGCUAAGGUAGAUAAUGAGCACGAGACGGUGGCAGAGCCAAGCAAGAGCCGUAGUGAUGAUGAGGACAGCUUGCUGCCCGAUGAUGAAGAUGACCAGGCAGACGAUCUCGAGUUGAUCUCAAGUCAGCUCAUGUCUCAACGACCGUCGAGCGGCAAAUCGCAGCAACGUAGAACAGUAGUCCUGGACUCUGAUGACGACGACGAUGCGCCGGCAAGUCAGCUGAGUGCAAAAGCGCAGGGCAAGCAACGGGCACUGGAGGAGCGACCCUACAAGCCAGUCGCCACAAGACAAAGUCUCGAGGAUUGUGCCAUCUGCAUGGACUCGAUGGAUUUAUCCCUGUCUGCAAUGUUUACUUGCGGCCACAUCUUUCAUCUUGACUGCAUACAAUCCAUACCAACGCAGGAUGGCGAUGAUCAUGGCAGCGCUUCGACAGGCACAGACGAAGACGAAGCAGCCGAGGUCGAGAACAUCUUUGACGAUGCAUCGCCUGACAAACGCAAGAAGACUCUCAAGGACCCCGAACGCAUAUGCCCGCAUUGUCGUCAAGUGAAUGCCGAUUCUGUCAUUGUCAAACACUUGCUUGAACCCAUCGAGGGCAUGCAAGCAAUCGAAGAAGUCUUAUCUGCAUGGUUCGGAUCUGCAGAGCAACAACUACUGGACCAGCAGGCGACCACACGGCGUAGUCGGUUUGUCGGCCGAUCAGGCGCAAUCAGGACUGCAAAGGAGAACCGCGAAGGAGAAGCGAGUGAGCGCAAGAGGGCAGGCAGCGAGGAUGACGACAUCUCAGACGUGUCUCUCGAAUCCGAUUCGUCAGAGUCUCAUCGAGAUCCUACGCCUCAGCUGGACGAUAUCGUCAUCAGACGCACGCCUACGCCGUUCGAAUCGACAUCUUCCGAAACGGAAGCCGAGCCGGAGGUCAGCAAGAGUUCACCAAGAAAGCGCACGCGAAGGGUUGUGGAGAGUAGUAGCGAUGGCGAGACCGAUCAACUCAACACAAGCCAGGCUGGGCAGACGAGAGAAGCACGCAGGAGGAAUCUGUCGAAGCUAGCAAAGAACAAGGCGCCCGCUCGAGCAUAUUUCUGA